CAAAGGAGGUUUCGCGAUGCAACUUUAGAGAAUGCGCGCAAGAGUCUUCACUUGGACUGCCUCUGCAGCCCGAAGACCUGCGCACAGCUCGUUACUCCAACACCCAUGGGUGUGCAGGAUAUGCAAGGCUAAUGGAAGAUGGUUUUCUUCCCAAACCGCUCCCGAGGUUCCGUCCGCGAAACCCUUCUAUAUCACCACUCCGAUAUUUUACGUCAAUGCCGCCCCCCAUGUCGGCCAUCUGUACACAAUGGUGCUCGCCGAUGUCAUCAAGCGGUGGCACCAAUUGAAGGGAGAGAAAGCUAUACUUUCCACGGGAACCGAUGAACACGGGUUGAAGGUCCAGAAAGCUGCCGAAACAGCUGGCAUACAUGCAAAAGUCUUCUGCGACGAGGGUGCGGCCAUAUUUCAGGAACUUGCGGAGAAGGCGUAUAUUUCGAACGAUCAUUUCGUCAGGACGACCGACCAAGACCACAAGGACGCCGUGCAAUAUGCUUGGUUCCUACUCCAAGAGAAGGGCUACAUAUACAUGCGCAAGCAUGAAGGCUGGUACUCUGUCCGGGACGAAGCUUUCUAUCCAGAGUCUGGGGUACGGCUCUAUCUAGAACCCUCGACAGGCAAGAAGAUUAUGAGUUCGAUUGAAACAGGAAGCCCUGUCGAAUGGAGCUCUGAGACUAACUAUCAUUUCCGCCUUUCAGCGUUUCGCGAACCUCUACUCGAGUUUUACAAGAACAAUCCGGAAUGGAUCAAGCCAGAAAGCCGGAUGCGAGAGGUAGUCCAAGAGGUUGAAUCUGGCCUCGCAGACCUCUCUAUAUCCCGACCGUCAGAACGCCUCAACUGGGGCAUCCGAGUUCCGGAUGACGAUUCCCAGACCAUCUAUGUCUGGCUGGAUGCGCUUUUGAACUACGCUGUGAAGGCUGGAUAUCCUUGGCCACCAGGUAGCGAGCUUGCGGGAGGUUGGCCUGCAGACUGCCAUGUCAUUGGUAAGGACAUUGUUCGGUUCCAUUGCAUCUACUGGCCUGCUUUCUUAAUGGCUCUCGGGCUUCCACUUCCAAAGAACAUCCUCACACAUGCGCAUUGGACACUAGGCCGCGCGAAGAUGUCAAAGUCGACUGGCACGGUAGUUGAUCCGUUUCUGGCACUCGAGCGAUUUAGCGCAGACGUCAUGCGAUUCUACCUCACACAUGAAGGCGGUCUUCAGGAUGAUGCGGACUACGACAACACCAGGAUCAUUCUCAUGCAUAAGAAGUUUCUGAACGGUUCCCUCGGUAACAUGACUUCUCGUUUGGUCCGUAAUAAGCGUUGGAGCGUACGAGGAGCCGUUGAGAGGAUAGGACCGCUUCCAAUUGAGGAAUGGGAAGCUGGACCAGGGUCCAGGUUUUACCAUAAUACAUUGGUUGCAAGGACAGCCAAGAUCAUGGAGUUGAUGGAUGCGUAUGACCCAAGACAGGCGGCACAGCAAAUUGCAGAACUUGUCCGAAGCGCAAAUUCGUUCUUCCAAAUGUCGAGUCCCUGGGAGAAAAUGACGCCCUUCGGCCCCGGUGAACCAGGUGAGGAGGUCGACAGGAUCGUGUUCCUGGGGGCAGAGGCCAUGCGAAUAAGUGGCAUCCUACUACAGCCGUAUAUGCCCACGAAAGCAAAGAUGCUGCUGGAUCAGUUAGGUGUUCACGAGUCGCGGAGAACGAUUGAGUACUGCGGACCUAACCUUGAUUUGGAUUACGGAGUGCCGAUGAUCGACGUUGGAAAAGGUCAUGUAGGGGCACUCUUCCCUCCACUAGCAAGCCAUGAGUAGGCGACAUGUAUUGAGUACUGUAUAUGAUUGUAAUAUAGCUGGCAUAGAGGAGCUUUUAUGCUGAUGUGGUUGGGACUGCGAGUACACUGAUAUCCAGCCAUGUUGAGAGCCGGAGCGCAACCAUGAGAGCCACUCAAUUAUUC